AUGUCCACCACUAACGUCCUUGUUGUGUUCUACUCGACCUACGGUCACAUCUACAAGCUCGCACAGGCCAUCGCCGAGGGCGCCGGCUCUGUCGAGGGCGUCACCGUCCGUCUCGCCCGCUUCCCCGAGACUCUCUCCGACGAGGUGCUCACCAAGAUGGGCGCCCUCGAGGCCAAGAAGCAGUGGGCCGACGUGCCUGAGGUGACCCACGAGGACCUCCAGUGGGCCGAUGCCAUCGCCUUCGGCUCGCCCACCAGGUUCGGCAACAUCGCUGCCCAGGUCAAGACCUAUAUCGACACGCUGGGCGGCCUCUGGGCCUCGAACGCGCUCGUGGGCAAGCUCGCGUCGGCCUUCACCAGCAGCAACUCCCAGCACGGCGGGCAGGAGACCACCAUCGUGUGCGGCUUCCUCCCGCUCUUCCUCCACCUGGGCAUGCUCGUCGUCGGCCUCCCCUACACCUUCGCCGGCCAAUUCCCCGUGGACGAGGUGUCGGGUGGUUCGCCGUAUGGAUCGUCGGUGGUGGCCGGCGUGUGGGGCGCGAGGCAGCCCAGCGAGAACGAACUCAACGGCGGCCGCUUCCAGGGCAAGCACAUCGCCACCCAGGCCGUCCGGCUCGGCAAGCAGCCCGCCGCCAUCGCCAACUAG